ACGGCGGCCACCUGAAUAACAACCACGGCCACGUACGUAAUGGACGACGAGUGGGCGAAUUUCACGAAAGAGUUCCACGAGAACGUGGAGCGCAAAGAGGCUGAGCGGGCCAAGGCGCCCGCCCCGUGGGUCCGCGAGGCACGCUGCCGGCAGAAGAAGCGCAGCGCCAUAGCAGCAGCCCGUGAGGAGAGGGCAAAGGCAGAGCAGCAAAAGGCGGCCGAGAGAGCAGGGAGGGCAGGGAUAGGGAGCAGGACGCAAAGGCCAGGCGACGAGAGGACAUACGGGACAAACAGGUCAGUCAGCCACUCACUCAGUCAGUCAGUCGGACAGACAGCCAAGAGGACAUACAUACAUACAGACAGACAAAGGCUCCAGCACCUGGGUGGGCUGGGGCCAUGUGUGUGUUGAGGUGUGUUUGGACGGUUGGCUGGCUGACUGACCAUGUGUGUAUGUGCCUGUUUCUUGUGCAGGACGCCAUGAUUCAACGUUUGGUAGCAGGCUUUCGGCGCCCCAUCGACGCCGACAGCAGGGCCGAACGGGACAGGCUGUAUGCCGUGUCCAAGGACCGCCACCGCUCCACCGAAAGCUGCGACGACAAGGUGGGCAGUAACUUGAGUGGCGACAUGGAGUGCCGCGCCGCUCACCAUCGAGUGAUGGGGCCUGAUGGUGACUCAUGUCUCUGCUGGCGCAUCCAAUUCUGACGUGUGGGUCUGUGCGUUCUUCUCAGGUCUGCCCAUCGCUGCCUACAUUUUAUAUUGCGGAGAUAUUCUUCCUUUGCCCAGCUGCUUGAUUGCCAGCUGACCUGAAGUGCUUCUGCGCACCUGCACCAUCCACACGGUGGUGAGAUAACUCACCCACACUGGCCACCACCAACGCGCCCACCGAAUUGUACGUAUAGCUAGCUGCCAGUGGUGUGCACACCGUGUGCGUGUGUUUGUGACUGCAGAUCUGUCGAGAGGGUCUACUCGACCAUCCAUUCCUACUUUGGGGCACGUGAGUGGUAUGUAGCUUACUCAACACUUGCAUGCUCACGUGUGUGUGUCUGUGUGUAUUGGUCGCAUGUGAUGCAAUGCAGGGCGGCUUGGCAGUGUUGGCCGUCAUGCAGGGCCGCUUGGCCGUCUUUCCUGCGAGGAAGAUGACGACGAUGGAGAGGGGGAAUGGGUACGCGUACAAUGACUGACAUGCACACACCCAGGCAUGGAUGUGUGGCAAUCAGGCUGGUCACCGGUCACGACAUGAUUCUGAUACACGUACGUAUCCUCACGAUGUAUGUGCAUCUGUCUGUGUCGGUGAACGUGUGUGGUCAGGAGGGCGUCAGUCUCACCCUGAGGCGACAUCUCCCGACGGACCCCAGCCUGCCUCGCCAUCGCCGCCAACGCACACUAACGGUAUGUACAUAUACGCAUCCAUAUCAUAUCGUUCGCAUGUGUAUGUGUGUGUGUGUGUAGAGAAGGAUAAAGAAAUCGCACGGCUGAAAGAGCAGAUCGAGUCCGUCAAUAAAGCCCACACAGAGGAGGUCGAUCGUCUGAAGUCCGAGCUAUCAACACGCACACUACACGCGUCACCACACAGGUUAGCAGGCACAUUCACCACCACCACCACCUCUUGUGGUGUUGUGUGAUGCAGCCGUUGCACUGACGAUGGGCUGCCGUCUAUGGACAUGCCGUCAGUGCGUCAGCUGUUGGCGCAGCUUACCUCUGAGCAGCUAAGACUGAGCCAACUUGCCAUUAGCGACUCACACUACUACUCCAGCAGCGGCAGCAGCGGCAACAGCGGCAGCAGCGGCCAGUGACAGCAGCUCUGCGCCAGUCGCUCCAGCUGCAGCGGCCAUUGUUGGUUCGGGUCAGGUGUGUCUUACGAAUCCACCUGACGGAACUCUACACCCGUGCGGACACCGGGUGAGUACGG